AUGGAGCACUUGCUCUGGAAUUUUCUUUCUUUAAUCAUACCAGCUCUCCUCUUCUUGUUCAUCCGCCGGAGAUCAAACUCCAGCAAAGAACUAGAGCUUCCUCCCGGCCCACCAGGAUGGCCGAUAAUCGGCAACAUGCUCGACCUAGGUCAGAUGCCACACAAAACCCAAACCAAGCUGCGUCACACGUUUGGUCCGGUGAUAUGGUUAAGAAUUGGUGCCCGAAACACCAUGGCAAUCCUCUCCGCCAAAGCAGCCACCGAGUUUUUCAAAAACCACGACAUCUCGUUCGCUGAACGCUCUGUAACUGAAGGUAGUAAAGUGCUUGACUACCAUAAAGGGUCACUCGCUCUGGCCCCUUACGGAUCGCACUGGCGCCUGUUAAGGCGCCUGUUGACGGUUGACAUCUUGACCAACAAGCGUAUCAAUGACACUGCAGCGAUUCGAAGCAAGUGUGUUGACAACAUGCAGAAGUGGAUAGAGGAGGAAGCCUCUAAACUCCAAGAGAAUGGAACAUCAUCGCGUGGAGUGCACCUUGCUCGUUUCGUGUUCCUCAUGUCGUUUAAUCUUCUUGGGAAUCUCCUGUUGUCGAGGGACUUGGUGGAUCCGAAUUCGGAAGAAGGGCUGGAGUUUUUCGAGUUGAUGAAGGGAGUCAUGGAGACGAAUGGGCUUGCCAACAUGGCGGACUACUUUCCAUGGUUGAGGUGGUUUGAUCCACAAGGUGUGAAGAAGAGGAUGAAGAAGGAUUUGGCAAAGCUUCUGGAACUUGCCUCUGGUUUUGUGAAAGUGCGGUUGCAUGAGAGGCUGUUAGUGGGUGGAGAAAAAACUAAUAAGGACUUCCUAGACGUGUUGCUUGAAUUUCAAGGCAAUGGAAUUGAUGAACCAACAAAGAUUUCUGAUCAUGAUAUCAAUAUUUUCAUACUGGAAAUAUUUUUGGCUGGUGCAGAAACAACAAGCAGCACAAUCGAAUGGGCAAUGACCGAGCUACUAUGCAACCCCGAGACGCUAAUCAAGGCCAAAACAGAACUCAGACAAGUGAUCGGUCAAAACAGAAAGAUGAACGAGUCUGACAUUGACAAUCUUCCAUACUUGCAAGUUAUAGUUAAAGAAACACUAAGAUUACAUCCACCCGUUCCAUUCCUCAUACCAAGGAAAGCUAUACUAGACACCAAAUUCAUGGGUUACUUCAUACCCAAAAAUACACAGGUAUUCGUUAAUGCGUAUGCAAUUGGAAGAGACCCAGAUGUUUGGAUUGACGAGCCUGAUUCGUUUAAGCCGGAGAGAUUCAUAGGCUCAAAAGUGGAUUAUAAGGGUCAGCAUUAUGAGUUGAUUCCAUUUGGAGCCGGGAGAAGAAUGUGUGCUGGUGUGCCGUUGGGUCAUAAGAUGCUGCACCUUACUUUGGGGUCAUUGCUUCACCAAUUUGAUUGGGCACUUGGUAGAAAUGUUACCAAAGACACUAUGGAUUGGAAUGACAGGUUAGGCAUAACAAUGAGGAAGUAUCAGCCAUUACUAGCUGUACCUACAAAAUGCUUGAAUUGGUCUAGUUCAAUAUAG